UACUCCAGUUCAACAAUGGCUUCUUGGCCAUGAAUCAAGUGCACCUUCAUCAAUCCUGCAUCCCAGAAGACAACAUGCCUCAUCUGCUUAUCUUCACCUUCUCCUUCCUCUUCUUCGUCCGCACCGAUUGCACCCAAAUGGUCCUGCAAAUCCUGCACCUGCCUAAACCCUUAAGAUUCGCGCGCGAUUCCCCGGAGGAAGUCGCCGAUCACUCCGUCGAUCCAAAUGGUUUUCGUGGAACCAAACUCCUGGCCACUCAGGUUAUGUUUCAAUUCCAAUGUAUUACUUUUAUUCCUGCAUUUUGUAAUAGUUUAUUAUAGGUCUAAAGUUAAGCAGCACUUAUUCCUACUUUAUAAACAGGAGAGGGUAUGUGAUCCCCUCAAGUUGCCUAAAUAUAUUAUUAUUCUCUUUGUCAAACCCUAAUCUGUCUGGUUCUUCUAUCUUCUUCAAUUGAUUUACAUAGUAUCAGAACACUUGGGAUAAAACUUUCCUGGUGUUGAAAUCAUGGAGAACACACUGGUAGACGGAUCGACAACGAAUCAGAAGAAGAAACACAACCUUGAUCAAUUAUCCCUUCAGAGCGCUGACAACCCCAACUCUAUCAUCUGUUCCACGAUUCUAAUAGGUAACAACUACUUUGGCUGGUGCAAAGCGAUCAAGUUAGCUUUAUUGGCAAAAAAUAAGUUAGGGUUUUUAGAUGGAUCGUGUCCAAAGCCAACUGAUCCGGUUGACGCUAAACAAUGGAAGAUCGUAGAUGCUAUGGUUCGAUCUUGGAUUUUGAACUCGAUCUCUGAAGAACUGAAAGAUAAUUUCCUAGAAAUUUUCAUAGGAAACUACACUACACUAAACCUCUGGGUUGAAAUCAAAAGGAUUUGUGAAGGACAAAGAAGAUAUGGAAUCAAGAAGAAGAUGAGCAGCAUCAAACAGGGUUCUUUAACUUUAGAAAGGUACUAUUCUAAAUUUAAAAUGUUAUUGGAAGAGCUCAGGGGUCUUAAACCCCUAGCCUGUAGUAAGAAAGAACAACCAAGUCUCGAUGCUAUUGAGGUUGGCCAACAAGUGAUUAUUGAUGAUGAAGAAGAGAGGCUGCUGGAGUUCCUUGUAGGUCUAAAUGAUAGUCAUGCGCAUGUUAUAGAUUAUAUUUUAAUUAUGGAUCCAUUUCCUAGCAUCGAAAAUGCCUUUAAGCUUCUUCUUAUAAACGUGGAAGCCAGAAGGGAGGCUACCAUUAAACUAGCUCCUACUGCUAGCUUCUCUACAAGCAAAACUGGAGGAGUUGAGUAUAUAUAUUCUUUCAAAAAUGCAAGAUGUGCAGAUUGUAACAUGAUAGGGCAUUUUGAAGGGGGGUGCUUUAGUAUUACUGGCUACCCGGAAUGGUGGAAUCAAAUGGAUCAAAACGAGAAAAAUAAAUACUUCACAAAUGCAGCCAUCACACCUCAUGAUGAAGAAAGCAGGCCUAAACUCUCAUUCGCUGAUUUCAUUUCCAAAACAUCCAUGAAGAAUAUGAAAGGCUUAAAGGAACAUGGAGGAAGCAGCUCCAACUUUAACUCAGUUAGCAAAUAUUCAAAAUUACCAAGCACUGAUUCAAAACCCUUGAAGAUUAUGAGCUAUAAUGUCUGGUUUCGAGAAGACUUGGAACUUGAAAAUAGGAUGAGAUCCCUUGGAAGCCUCAUUCGUCAACAUUCUCCAGAUGUCAUAUGUUUCCAGGUCUUCUUCUAGGGUUUUUUUUAUCAUCUUUAAGAUAUAUAUCUACUCUUAUCACUACUGGUGCUUUUGUAAAUUUGCAGGAGAUUACCCCCAAUAUAUAUGAGAUUUUUCAGAAGUUCAACUGGUGGAAAGCUUAUAGCUGCUCUGUUUCAUUUGAAAUGGCAAUGACAAAACGCUAUUUCUGUAUGCAGAUGAGCAAACUGACUCCGAAAUCCUACUGCAAAUAUCCAUUUCUUAAUUCCAAAAUGGGUCGAGAACUUUGCAUAGCUGAGCUCGAGAUCAAACCUGAUUUGUCUUUAAUGAUUGCCACUUCUCAUCUGGAAAGCCCUUGCCCUGGACCACCCAAAUGGGAUCAAAUGUAUAGCAAUGAAAGAGUUCAACAGGCGAAAGAAGCCAUGGAAGACCUUGAAGAAUAUCCUAAUGCCAUUUUCUGUGGAGACAUGAACUGGGAAGAUGAGUUGGAUGGUCAUUUUCCUUUUCCUAAUGAUGGAUGGUUUGAUGCUUGGGAAAUGCUAAGGCCAGGUGAAAAUGGAUGGACUUACGAUACUAAAUCAAACAAGAUGUUGUCGCGUAAUAAGACCCUUCAGAAGCGGUUGGAUCGUUUUGUAUGCUGCAUGAAGGAUUUUGAAGUUAUUGGAAUCGAAAUGAUCGGUUUGGAGGCAAUACCCGGUUUGACUUAUUUACAGGAGAAGAGAAUUAAAUGGGAAGUGUAUGAAUUUGAGCUGCCUGUCUUUCCCAGCGAUCAUUACGGUUUGAUCUUAACAAUCAGCUUGAAGUAGCUUUCAGCUUUUAUUGCAAAAACUACAAUUUGUUGGAUUUCCUUGUUGCG